AUGUUAAAUAUAUGUUCACUUAAAUUAUUAGUUAAACAAUGUUCAUUUAAUAAAUAUCAUUAUGAUCGUAUUAAUCAAUUAAAAACAAGUUUAUUAAAUUUAAGUUCAUCACAAUCAUUAUUUAUAUCAUGUUUAAUACCACAUUCAUCAAUAACACGCUAUGAAUUAUUAAAUAAUUUAACAAAUCUUCAAUUAAGUUUUGAUACACUUCGUUCAUCAUAUAUUGAAACUCGUCUUUAUUUAAUAAAAGAUACAUGUCAAUCAUCAAAAAUAAUUCAAUCAGAAGAUCAUUUAUUACAUUCAUUUUUUCUUUUUCAAUUAAAUUCUAUUGUUCGUUUAUUAACUAAAUCAAUAUUAAUUAAUAAAAAUAUAAAAAUAAAUAAACAAAAAUUUUCAUUUAAAAAUUAUUUUAAAUUAGAUUGGUCAAGAUUUAUAACAGCAUUAAAAACAAUUAUUAUUAUUACUAUUGGUUCAAUAUUUGUUAUAAUACCAAAUAUAGCAAAUAAAAUUGAACAUGGUCAUUGGAUAUUAAUUGCACUUUGUAUGACAGAAGGAGAUACUGUCGGAGGUGCUUUUACAACUAUUAAAAUGAGAUUAAUGGGAACUUUAUUUGGUGCUAUGUGGGCAUAUAUUAGAUAUUUAUCAGCUGGAAAUGAUCUAUAUAGAACAAUAAUAAUGCUUUGUCCAUGGAUAUUCUAUUGUGGUUAUAUGAAAUUAUAUCCUCAAUGGGGUUAUACUGUUAUAGUAGCUGCAUUAACACCAAUUAUUGUUAAUUUAGGACGUUUACCAUUUGGAGAUUCUUUACCAGCAGGAAAUUAUGCACUUCUUAGAAUUCAACAAAAUGUCAUUGGAAUUAGUAUUGCUCUUAUUCUUGCUAUUAUUAUUUUUCCACUUUUUGCUAUUGAUCUACUCAAAGAAAAUAUUUAUACAACAUUAGAAUUAUGUCGGAAUAAUGUUGAAUCAAUGGUACAUAUAUAUAAUAAAGUAUUUCAUCAUGAAGAUAAUCAAGAAAAUUUAAUAGAUUUUUCAACAUUAGAUGAUAUUAAAUAUUACAUUGAUAAUCAACGACGUACUUUUCAUAAAUUAAUAAAAACAAAAUCUGAUCAAAUAUAUCAUGGUUCAAUUUAUCAUAGAAAACAUUUAAUUAAAAAUGAUUUAAAUAAAUGUGAAAAAUGUUUAAAUGAACUUCAUCAAACUGUUGUUUAUCUUCAAGAAGAACAUCAACAAUCAACAAAUCAAUUAUUAAAAUAUUAUUUUCAAAGAUUUUUAUCUGAUGAAAUACCAGAAAAUUUUGUUCCAUUUUUUAAAAAUGAUCAAGCUGAUUCAAUAUUUAUUGCUAUACCAGCUAUGUAUUAUUCAAUAACACAACUUGUAAAAGUAGCUUUAGCUUUAGAUACAACAAUACAUGAUGUUUUUGAACUUGAAACAACUGAUUUAUAUUGUCCUUUUUAA